CAUUUACAUGAGAUGGUGACAUCACUUGACUGACUUGACUAAGGGGCAGUACACUUCUUCUCGAGUACUUUGUCGUUGUAGUAUAACUUCCCGACUUGCCUGCCUCUGUGUGGGACCUUGCCAAUUUGAGGGAAAUCCACUUUGUCGAUAACGUUCUGACUGUGAAUGUUAAGGACUUUUGCGAAGUAUUCUUUCAGCAGAACGGUUUCAAUUGUGUGCCUGGGAAACUACUUUUUUGUUACAUGAAGCGCUACAUUUGUGUGACCUACCGGCAACGAAAAGGAACCAUAUCUGGUCAAACUAUUCAGCUGUCACUAAGCGGGACCCGCUCUCUAUAAAUAGCCUAGAACAAGCAGCGGCGGUGGUUUCCCCACUCGAGCUGGUCUGGGCAGUCUGCUGCCAGUGCUGUGCCAGAGGGUAGUCAUUGCUCUUGUGCCCUAGCUGGCCCUCCACUGCUCCAACCAUGGCCCUGCAGAAACAGAUGGAGAAGUAUCGGGAUGUGGAUGAGGAUGAGCUGCUGCAGAAGCUGUCUGAGGAGGAGCUGCAGAGACUAGAGGAUGAGCUGCAGGAGCUGGACCCUGAUAAUGCUUUGCUGCCUGCGGGCUACAGACAAAAAGACCAAACCAAGAAAGCUCCUACUGGAACCUUCCAGAGAGAUGACCUGCUGGCUCACUUAGAGAAGCAGGCCAAGGAGCACCCAGACCAGGAGGACCUGGUGCCCUUCACAGGAGAAAAGAGAGGGAAAGCCUGGGUGCCUAAGAAGGUGGUGGUAGACCCCAUACUUGAGAACGUGACCCUGGAACCAGAGCUGGAAGAAGCCUUACAAAGCGCCAGUGAUGCUGAGCUGUGUGACAUAGCCGCCAUUUUGGGAAUGCACACUCUGAUGAGUAACCAGCAGUACUAUGAGGCCUUGGCUAGCAGCACCAUCGUCAACAAACAGGGUCUAAACAGUGUUAUCCAGUGUACCCAGUAUAAACCAGUGCCUGAUGAGCAGCCUAAUGACACUAAUGUAGAAGAAACCCUUCAGAGAAUCCAGCGCAAUGACCCUGACCUGCUAGAGGUCAACCUCAACAACAUCAAGAACAUCCCUGUGCCGGUACUGAAGGCGUAUGCAGAGGCACUGGCUGAGAACACUGUGGUGGAACGCUUCAGCAUUGUGGGAACUAGGAGUAAUGAUCCUGUGGCCCAUGCCUUGGCAGAGAUGCUGAAGGUGAACACCACACUGAAGAGUCUGAAUGUGGAAUCCAACUUCAUCACUGGCGCAGGCAUCAUGGCACUUGUGGUAUCUCUGCAGUCCAACUCGACAUUACAGGAGCUCAAGAUCGACAAUCAGAGUCAGCCACUGGGCAAUAAGGUGGAGAUGGAGAUAGCCAGCAUGCUGGAGAAGAACACCACACUCUUGAAGUUUGGCUACCACUUCACCCAGCAGGGCCCCCGGCUCCGAGGAUCUAACGCUAUGAUGAACAACAACGAUCUGGCGCGAGUGAUCCGCUCAGACUCGGACGGUUCCUUUACCCUGACCCUGUCAGUGCCCGAGCUGGAGAGGGCCUUUGGUAAAAAAUUCAAGGCCAAGCCCAGGAGCAAUAAGAAAGAGAAGGCUUGAAGAAGGCCCCAUCUUCCCCAGAUGUCGGACAAACAUGUAACACCACAGCCCUCACACGGGACCCCCACUCAGCCAACACCCCUAGCAGCACCCCUUCCUUCUAGGAUCCAGACCCUCUGAUUGGCGCACAGUAGUCUCUUAUUUGCUGUUGUCGCGUUUGAGGUUGUGUCCAGGAUUAAUAGUUCUUUCUAUCGGGAUGAUUUUUCUGUAUUAUACCGAGUUGGCAUGGCCUUUCCUGUGUGUUUUUUGAAUAUACAGGAUUUGCUGAGGGCUGAUUUGCUAUCUACAAGUGUUUGUCACAUCUUCAAUCCAAUGUCUUAACUAGUUGAAUGCUCUCUGAAUGGAAUGCAUUGCAUUUAGGUUUUUGUGUAGGGACACUGUAACUGUAUGGUCAGCCUCCCCCGUCUAUACGUAGCCCUGCAUGCUGAUUACAAUCAUUACACUCAUCAGCAAAGGUCAAAUCUCCGAGCGGGUUUUUUUCCCGAGAUUGCUCCUCAUUAAAGGGGCUGAGAUGGGGGGAGCCGGUCCGGAGUCCGAGCCGCUGCCAGGCAGCAGAGACCCCGUCUGUCCUCUGAGUGCCCUCCACAGCCCCACUCUUAACAGCAUUAGAGAUCAGAGACUCCGACAUGACCAUUUCAGGCAGCGCACGUCAAUCAACUUCAUUGGGAUAUUGUGUGUACCUAACUGGUGUGUUGACAGCUCUUCAGUCUUUGACUUCCUGUGUAUCUGUAGGCAUGUUGAAGUGAUAUUGCUCUGGGUGUUGAUUGGUGUAAAAGGGGGAAAGGUUAGCUUUAGAUUAAAGUGUGGAUCUUGAUGCAUUUGUAUAAUUGCAACCAUUUAUAUUAUAACACCUGUAUUGUAAUUAAGACAUUGGUCAGUUGUUGAAUUAUUUCAUUUUGUUUUAUUUUGCACUAAAAAAGCAAAGGGAAUUGUUUUGACACUGACAGAUGGUUUAUCUUUGCAACACACUGUAUUUAUUUAUCUAUUUAUUUCGGAACACAGAUCAAGGGCCAGAUAGUCCCAAUGAAUGCUUCUCAUCUGGUAACUUUGGUGUGUGCAUUGCAGUAGUUCUGUCCCGUGCUGAGACAGUUGAUCUCCAAUGUGAACUGAGGGCCCUGUCUGUAUAUUUAUGCCAUGUCUUCUUAUUUUUAUUUCUCUCCCUCCGAAAACAGUUCAGUUUUCAAAAAGAACAUCAAAAAAUUAGAUGGUCAUUGUGUUACGCUGAAUCAUUCAGUUGUUUUACAGGAAGGCAAGAGGCUCCUUGAGAGAACUAGGUCAGGCUGUAGGCCAAGCUGUGCUUUUAGGCCGCCCACGUUUCCCAGAGGACUGUAGCUGGGCGCCCUAUAUGGAGAGGGGCCGGAGCUGUGGUGCAGCACCAGUCAAGAGCAUAAGUGGUGGGCUUCAGGGACGCCAGCAUUCGCUCUGUCAAAGCCGAGAGCUCCCAGUAGAUUCACCAGUCUUCCCGUCUUCCAUUUUGUUGAAAAAGGAAUAAAGUUUCAAUUUUUUUGCA